UUUGAAGGCAUGCAUAAAAAUGAAGCAGUAAGCCAACAACUUCAUAUAUUGCGAAAAGAAGUGAAGCAGUUACAAGCAGAGGCUGCUAAACCACCCUCACUUAAUAUUGUGGAAGCUGCUGUGCAUGCAGAAAACUUGAUUACGGCCUUAGUGAAUGCCUACAAGUUGCAGCCUACACCUGGGAUUCAGAAAGUUGGCAUUAGCCUCUUCUUUACUGUUGUGGGUUAUGUCAGUGAUGAGACACAGCGCCAUCCUCCCACAAGGCAGUUCUUUACUUCAUGCAUUGAGAUCUUGGGUCAGGUGUUUAUCAGUGGCACUAAAUCAGAAUGCAAAAAAGUACUUCAGACCAUUCUGAAGAAUGGAAGGCUCUGCUCUCUCUUGUCUCCUUUCUUUACCCCCAAUGCUGCGCCUGCAGAGUUCAUACAGCUAUAUGAGAAAGUGGUGAAGUUUCUAAGUGAGGACAACAGUGAUAUGAUUUUCAUGCUGCUAACCAAGUUCGAUCUUAAGCAAUGGUUAAACGCCAUUAAACCUCCUCUGUCUGAUCGUACCAGGCUUCUGGAGUCCAUUCAUUUGGCACUUACUGCCUGGGGCCUUGAACCAGAUGAAGAUAUUUUGAUGCCAUUUAAUCUUUUCUGUAAGCACUGGACUUAUCUUCUUCUCUACCAGUUCCCUGACCAGUACAGUGACAUUCUCAGGCUGCUGAUGCAGAGCUCUGCUGAGCAGCUGCUGAGCCCGGAGUGCUGGAAAGCCACUCUGAGAGCCCUGGGCUGCUGUGCCCUGAGCUGCCAGCAGAGGGCAGCAUCCGCUGAGAGCUCGUUGCUUCCAAGCUCUUCACAUGUUCUCUUGUCAGACAAGCAGGUAAUUGAAACUAUACAAUGGCUUUCAGACUUUUUUUAUAAGCUUCGGUUUUCCAAGUUGGACUUUAAAAGCUUUGGCUUAUUCUCAAAAUGGAGUCCUUACAUGGCUGAUGUGAAGACACUCUUGGGCUAUCUUGUGAAAAGGCUAAUUGACUUAGAAAUGGCCUGCUUGGCCCAAGACCCAUCUGCCAACAGCAAAGCAGUGCUGAGAUCCCUACAUUCAGUAAUCAUCCAGCUCUUUAAGCCAUGGAUCCUGGUUUUAGAGGACAAUGAAAGCAGCCAACAGCGACUUUACCCCUGGCUGGAAAGUGAUGCUGUGGUGGCCUCGAGCAUUGUGGAGUUGUUCACUGACUGUAUUGACUCACUGCACAAGAGUUUUAAAGAUAAGCUGUUGCCAGGUGAUGGAGGAGCCCUUCGGUUACACCUGAUGCAUUAUUGUGAAGCAUGUACAGCACCUAAAAUGCCAGAGUUCAUUCUGUACGCUUUUCACAGUGCAUACCAGAAACUCCAGUGGAAGGACCUCCACCCCGACCAGAUGCUCAUGGAGGCCUUCUUCAAAGUGGAACGAGGAAGUCCCAAGAGCUGUUUCUUAUUUUUGGGGUCUGUACUCUGUGAAGUCAAUUGGGUUAGUGUGCUGUCUGAUGCCUGGAAUCCCAGUCCCCACCCAGAAACCCAGAGUAUGAUUGUCUGCCUCCUUUUCAUGAUGAUUUUAUUGGCAAAGGAGGUCCAACUAGUAGAUCAAACAGAUUCACCUUUACUUAGUCUCCUUGGGCAGACAAGCUCACUUUCAUGGCAUCUUGUGGAUAUUGUGUCAUACCAGAGUGUGCUAGGUUAUUUCAGCAGUCAUUACCCACCGUCCAUCAUCCUGGCAAAGGAAUCUUCUGCUGAAUUAAUUGUGAAGCUCCUAAAAGUGUCUGCGGGCCUUUGCAUUUCUACUGACAGCCAGAAACAUCUCGAUGCAGUUCCAAAAUGCCGAGCUUUCACUCAUCAGAUGGUUCAGUUCCUCAGCACCCUGGAACAAAACGGAAAAAUCACCUUAGCAGUCCUGGAACAGGAGAUGUCUAAGCUCUUAGAUGAUAUCAUUGUCUUUAACCCACCUGACACGGACAGCCAGAUGCGCCACAUGGCCCUCAGCAGCCUCUUUAUGGAAGUCCUAAUGAUGAUGAACAAUGCGACUGUUCCAACGGCAGAAUUCCUUCGGGGCAGUAUCCGGACAUGGAUUGGCCAAAAAGUGCAUGGGCUGGUGGUGCUGCCCCUUUUAACAGCAGCCUGCCAGAGCCUGGCUUCUGUCCGCCACAUGGCUGAGACCGCAGAAGCCUGCAUCACUGCCUAUUUCAAAGAAAGCUCUCUCAAUCAAAAUUUAGGAUGGGGCCCCAUUCUGGUGUCCCUUCAAGUUCCUGAGCUCACCAUAGAAGAAUUUCUGCAGGAGUGCCUAGCCCUUGGCAGUUACUUGACUCUUUAUGUCUACCUGCUUCAGUGCUUAAAUAGUGAGCAAACGCUGAGGAACGAAAUGAAAGUGCUGCUCAUCUUAAGCAAGUGGUUGGAACAGGUGUAUCCAAGCUCCGUGCAGGAAGAAGCAAAGCUGUUUUUGUGGUGGCACCAAGUCCUGCAGCUGUCCCUGAUUCAGGUGGAGCAGAAUGACUCGAUCCUUACAGAAUCCAUCAUUCGAAUUCUGCUCAUGCUUCAGAGCAGGCAGAGCCUCGUGGCUGAGGAGAGGGUCAGCUCUGGGAUUCUGGGGGCAAUCGGGUUGGGCCGGAAGUCGCCCUUGUCUAACAGGUUCCGAGUGGUCGCCCGAGGCAUGGCCGCCUUCCUUUCAGUUCAGGUUCCUACAGAAGAUCAGAUCCGUUUGAAGCCUGGUUCUGAAUUACAUUUGACCCCAAAAACUCAGCAGGCUCUGAACACUCUUGAAUCCAUGACAUCAAAUAAGCAGUAUGUUGAAUACCAGGAUCAGAUAUUGCAAGCUGCCCAAUUUAUAAAACAUCCUGGCCAUUGCCUCCAAGAUGGGAAAAGCUUCCUGGCUCUUCUCAUUAACUCUCUCUACCCAGAAGUGCAUUAUUUGGACAACAUACGAUAGUCCCGCUGAGGCUCUUGGAACCCCGGUGCCGUUUAUGUUUACAUGUAACUUUGCUGUUGCAUGAGGAACUAUACUUGAUUUUGCUGCAGAGCUCAGUUCAGCCACGGAGUAGGCAAUUGACUGAGAUGCAAGUCAGGAGGCAUUUGAUAAUUCUGUGUGUGUGUGUGUGUGUGUGUGUGUUUCUUAGCUCUUAAAACUUCUGUGUGUGUGUGUGCGUGUGUGUUUCUUAGCUCUUAAAACUUCCUUUUUAGCUUUUAUGUUCUAUCCUCAAGAGAAACUUGCUAAGUUCCAGUUGGGUACAGAGCCACCCACAGUUGCUGAAUGUCCUGUCACAGGACCUCCAGAUGGGGUACUUUGUAUGUCUCAACUUUUGCCUCCCCUGUUUUAGUUAAAUGUCAAGACUCCUGUGCCAGGUCUGACUGUUUUAAGAGUCACGGAGAACCCUUGCUUUCACCCCUGUUUGUGUUCCUCCAAGUAAAAAUGUCAACUUGAAAAAUUUCGACAUUUGUCAAAUGCGGGGAAAUAAGAUCAGCUUAAAAGUAUUAUGUUAUUUUUCUCAGAAGGGAGAUUAAAAAUGCGGAAUGAAGUGAGUCAUGUGAUCCUGACUCUAGUGCACAGCAGAGAUUGUGACGAGUCCAUCUCCAUCCAGCAUGAGUCCUCAUAAAGGAGCUACCUGUCUGAAUCGGUGGCACGCUGGCAGUCUGUGAUGAGCAUGCUGUGCACAGAUGUAUUUUGUUUGGUUCACGUUGCGGGGAGUGCAGUCAGGGCUGACUCUGCAGUCACCAGAAUCCCUACAGACCCUCGGGUUCUACCCCCAGCCAUCCCUCACAUCACUUACUCUGCCCCUUCGACAUUUCGGUUUGCAACUCUUCAUAGACACCGAGUUUGGUCUCUGAAGGCCCCACCGUAGAGAGAGAUGACAGCCUAAAGAUUUGGUUCUCUAUUCUCUGCUUGUUUCUUCACUCCAUAUUUAAAAUUGAAUGAAGCUAGCGGACCUGCCGAAACACUUGUCCACGGAAACUGGGUCAGGUCAGGAGAAUUACAGAAAUUUGGCUUUUUCUCAGUGGCCACAUGCCUUCUGUUGUUGCUAACAGUUCAUUCAUUACCAAAGCCUGUCUGUGACAUUGCCUUGUUCUGUUUUCAUCUUCUUGCUCAUGUUAUUUCCCCCAGGAAUUAGCAAUUUGACUUCUGUCAUCAUAUUUAUAAUUCUGUUGGCUCAAAAUGGGUUUUGUCUACCUUACAUAAUGUGUCUUUGUCUGAAGGUUGUCUGUAGUCCAAGAGUAUUUACCUAAAAAUGUCUAAACAGCCACUAAGAGCCUUUAGUAGAGGGAAAGAGAUACCAUUACCAGAGUGAUAACUGCUUCUCAAACAUCCUUUUGGAGUGCUUCCAACAUUGGGAAGUUUGUAGGAGAGCUUUAUUUUGAACUUUUUUAGUUGGACAGAAGAGUUCUGCCUCACUGAACUGCUUUGGAGCUCUGAUAAAGAACAUCCGUGUUCAGUGUGAGUUUUGCAGGCCACAAAGUGUCCAUCUCAGAGGGACGUGUCUCAGAAUGCCUUGUAUUUGCUUCUCUCCACUUUCAAAAUCAGUCAUCUUCUCAUCUUGUGUAUAAGAAAAUUUUAGAAGCUGUGGACAGUUUAAUUGACUGAUUUGGCAGCACUGACUUUAUGACAGGAAAUAUUUUGUGUGCUGUUUUCUUUGAGGAGGAUGUAAUUAUCGAUAUCCUAGAAUGUGAAAUUUUUGAGUGACAGUAUGUACAUUUUAAAGAAAAUUAUGAUUUGUUAAUUUUAGAAGUUUAUAAUAUUUAUAAUUUAUUUAGUCUGUAAAAAUUAUGAAAAAUAAAAUCAAUCUUUGGUUAUCAUUGAUAAGAAUCUGAAUUACAGGGCUAUCCCGCAGUCUUGUAUUCAGUUAAAAUUGAUGUAGACAUUUAUGCCUGAUGUCAUCUCAUUUAUUUGACACUGUAACCUGAUUACCAGAGACGGUCAGGAAAAGUGCUUCCUCUUUAACUCCUUCAGGCUUAACAUUAAAGGUUUACUCAUCUCCUAGGUUCCUGCAAGAAGCUAAAGCUUUAAAGAUACUGAGAUAGUUGAGAUCAUGACAACACUGCUGUGGCCCCCUGGGAGAGAAGGGUAGCAGAUGGACAAACCUGCCCUUGACUUGUAGGAGUAACAAGCCUUUGCUUGAAAAAACUGUUGGCCUCCAGAAAGCGCGGGGCUGCAGUUUCAGAGAAAGGGAUGGGUGCUGCAUGUCGAUAUUGGGAUCCAGCAAGGCCAAGGCCUGCCUUGUGGGCCGAGCAGUGUGGAAGGUGAACUGCUGCACACUCUGGCCCAUCCUGCACAGUGGUAUCUGGCUCUGAUAAGGCUGUCCAGCAGCUUCCUGGGAGCAGGAGGAGGCAGCGUUCUGGUCUCAAUGGAAAGUGCCUUUUUGCUUCUCCAUUCAUCACUUCCCACCCUACAAUGCACAGAUGGGUCACAGAAGCAGACUUGGUUCCCCAUCUCCCCGCUCCACCGCCUAACUAGAACAAGUGAAGGUCAGAAAGCUGGAAGGCACAGGAUGUUAAAUGGUAGAGGUCCUGCUGGAUAUGUCUGCACAGUGUAGCAGUAGCCGGUGGAGCCAGGACUCGCCCGUACCUGGUCUCCAAGCUGCUACACACUCCUGACCUCAGCUCCAAAGCAUGACUCGCUUCUUAGUUUCAUGAGCAUUUGGUUGGCUUGGCCACCUCUACCUUCCUGGGGUUGUGCCUGGUCUCUCAGUUCUUUGAGGUUGGGGGAAGGCUAGUCCAGAAAACGGAAACCCACAGACCAGCCUAACUACCUUCAUUCAAGUGACAGCCCAAAUCAGUGUGUCCAUGUUGUACAAGUCAAUAGUGUUUACGCUCUUCUUCCUUUUGAAUAAUACAGUCUUUCAUUGGGUUUCUAUUCCUAAAAUCAUUCUGGAACAGGCAGCAAAUGUCCUAGAAUCAUGGACUUUUAAAGCCAGAAGGGGCAUUAAAAGUCAUCUAGUCCACCUUUCCCUCGGCAGGGAUCCUCCAGCCUCUCCUCUGCCCCGUCCAGUGACUGGUAGUUCAGCCCCUGCUGGCAAUUCCAGGCUGCCACUGGCGGGCUCUAUCUGUAGUUAUGCUCACACCGAGCUGAGCUCCUCCUGGCAGCUCUGCCUAUUGGUUGUGGUUCUGCCUGCAGCAGUCCAGGCUGGGCUGCUCUCCUACCCCCUCAUGACACAUCUUCAGAUAUUCUUAGCUCUCGUCACUUCCUGCCCCCACCGGCUUCCCCACCACUUAGUCCUCUUCAGGCUAAAUGCCCCAAUGUCUGCAGUUAGUCCUCUUCCACCACAUGUCCAACAGGGCUGCACUUUUAAUCCAUGUUAUCCUAAAAGGGAUGUGCCCAGGCUGAGCAGGCCAGGACUAUGGCGAGAUGAGUGAGAUGCCUAGGGCACACAUUCAAGCAGGCAUAUGCUUGCAGGUGCCAAGAGAGGGUGCUUGUCACAUCCUGUGCCCUUGGUGCCUCACUUGCCUUAUGCUGUCCCUGGCUUGGGAUGACAGUCACACCAGUGUGGACACUUGGGUGGCACUGGCUUUCAGUAGCUGUGACUUGUGGUUGGCAUAUUAAACUAGUGGCGAUUUCAAAUUCCAGACCUCAAUUUAAUAUGUUGCUGCUGAAGACUAGUCUCAUGCCGUAUCUGCAGGAUGGGCCUAACAAUAAGGCACUUUGCACUCGAUCCUUUACUACUGUCUGCUCUUCAUUUUGGGCCAACUUACAUCUUAUUUUGAGGUAGUAGCUGAUUGUUUUUCUGGUCAGUUAACUUUGUCUUAUUAAGCAAAAUGGAGAAUACGAUGUUGGGAAAUAAGCACGUGUCGCUUUUUAAAAAAGUGUUCCCUUCUGUGCUCUUCCAUUUGCAUGCUGGGGACAGUUACCGCCUUACAGCCAGGCACUAGUGCUGACUUUGUUCUAGUCCGUGAGCAUACUCUGGGUUCUAGGCUGCCUCAGGCCUCAUGUGUCCUGCAGCAGCUGUGUUUGAAAUUUCUUUCACUCUGGAUGGGUUCCUGCUUCCUGAUGACAAUAACUUGAAAAUUAAACUACUAAUCCUAUUUUGAGAUAAUGAAAUCACGAAGAAGUGUUAUUUUUAUUGUACUUAUUGUACUUAUUUUUUAAUGUACAGAUAUCUUUCAUUGAGCAUUGAGAGUUAGAAUUUAUUCUUUCAAAUGGUUUAAAAUGACUUAUGUGGAGACAAACACUUUUUAAGUGUGUUCAAUUCUUCCUUCCUACAUGUCUAGUGUGCACUUUAAAAACCACAACUUUAUUUUGGUCAUUAAAUGUGCAAUAUUCAGCAUUUUAUGUACUUGUGUAAAGUAUGAGUUUUUAUAUAAUGGUGAGAAAUAGGAAAAAAUGAGAAUGGGUUAAGUAAAAUUCUGCAAAUAAACUAGGUUCAAAUUUAAUUUA